AUGGCCUGUGAGGCCCGUGGCACUCAAAGCAGUCUCUUCCAUGACCUGUGGGACCGUUUGAACGUGGUCCCGACGCGGGUGAGUGCAAUGGGGAAAGAAGUUGUUGAUAUGUCUACUGAUGAAGAAUCAGAUUGUGUAGUUAUAUGUCCACCUAACGGAAAUGCUGAUCAUGAGGAAGUUGUGAGUGGCAGCCAUGAUGAAGAUUCUUCAGGAAGGCAAGAGAACCCUCAUGCUAUGAACUCACAUAUGGACAGCAACAGCCAGGACGAUCUGUCUGUAAACCCAGACCUCCUCAAGCCGAUUCGUCAGCAGGAGUCUUCUCUCAGCAAUUCACCAGCAAAGCCUACAGUAGCUAGACAGCAAGGGUCUAGGCACACUGUCCUUGAGCCAUGCACUGUUGCACCUGAAAGAAGGUCAUCUGGAGCAGGAAAUUGUGCUCCAAUUCCUCAUCCCAUCAGCAAUGGGGAAAAACUUUCGGAUAAAAGUAGCUCCUCACCAAGAAGCAUGGCAAAGAAGAGUCCAUCAGUCACACCCAGGAAGCCUCUCCAAUCUGACAAUAGUUCUCACAGUCCAGAAGAGGACUCAUAUUCUGUCACUUCUUCAACUGUAACUUCAGCAAGAGCUGGAAAAACUAAGAAGACAACUGUUGCUGUUGCACCUACAUUCGUCUGUGCUAAUCGUGCUGAGAAGAGAGGAGAGUUUUACACAAAAUUAGAAGAGAAGCGCAAGGCUUUGGAAGAGGAGAAACUCCAAGCAGAGGCCAGAAAGAGGGAAGAGGAAGAAGAAGCUCUAAGACAAUUGAGGAAGAACUUGGUCGUCCGAGCAAAACCCAUGCCAAGCUUCUACCAAGAGGGACCCCCACCAAAGGUUGAACUUAAGAAGGUGCCUCCAACUCGUGCCAAGUCACCAAAAUUGACACGGAGAAAGAGCUGCAGUGACACCCCUCAUACACCAGAGGGAGGAAAUGGCAGUGCAGUAUGCUGCCGGUUGCAUCGUCACAGCAUUGGGAACUCCAAAGAUGUUAGCAGCAAGGCACAAUGUUCUGCAAAGAGUGCUUCAAAGACAGGAUCAGCUACUAAAUCCAGGGUCACCAAAUCCAGGGAAGACCUGAAGGCUUCCAUGAAGAAAGUGGGACAGCCAAGCGCCGCAAACUUUGCUGUACAAACCUAA